UUGCGGGCACCAUUUUAAAGCAGUGCUGUGUUCUCUGUCACUAUUGCCGAAUAACCACCAACGGAAGAUGUCUUCUGCCGGCGUCGCGGUGGCGGACGGCGGUCCGCAGAUGUACUUCUGUCACCAAUGCGAGCGUACAGGUGUGAUCGUACCUUCUCCCGUCGGCGAUCUCCUAUGCCCGUCCUGCAACUCUGGUUUCGUCGAGGAAUUCCAAAACCCUGACCCUGACCCUAGCGCCGACUUUGCCGACCCUUUCUUACUCGACCCAGUCUCGCUCUUCCUCUCUCAGGUCCUACUCCCUUCCUCAUCAUCCAACCCUAAUUUUAACCCUACAACCUUCCAGGGAUUAGCCAGAGAAUCCCCGCUGGAGGCGGACGCUUUCGAUCCCAUGUUUUACUUGCUUAAUCUUCUCGCUAAUCGCCGCGCCAGCGGAAUCGAUUACCAGUUCGUGAUGGAGGAUGGUCCGUCUGGAUUCGCUGUUCCGGCGAAUAUCGGGGAUUAUUUCGUGGGGCCAGGAUUUGAGCAGCUUAUACAGCAGCUUGCGGAGAAUGAUCCGAAUCGGUACGGAACGCCGCCUGCGGCGAAGUCGGCGGUUGAGGCACUGCCAAGCGUUGAAGUUGAUGAAGGUUUGGUGAAGUCGGAGAUGGCGCAAUGUGCCGUGUGUAUGGAUGACUUUGAAAUUGGAACUGUGGUUAAGCAGAUGCCUUGCAAACAUGUCUAUCACCAUGAUUGUAUAAUUCCUUGGCUUGAGUUGCAUAAUUCGUGCCCUGUCUGUCGGUACGAGCUUCCAACUGAUGAUCCUGAUUAUCAAAGUCUGGUUAAUUCAAGCAGGAGUGGAAACACUGGAGGAAAUGGCAGUAAUAAUGAAAACUAUGAUUCAGCUGGAGGUUCUGAAAGGCAAAGGACAGUGGAGAGGAGGUUUACAAUCACAUUGCCAUGGUUAUUUGGAGGGUCUGGUUCAAGCUCAGGCUCAGGCUCGAGCGGCGGCGCAUCAGACCAGCAUAAUCGGGAAUAAAAUCGAAACAACUUUUACAGUGUGCUGGAAGUUGAGAGCUAGCAAGCAAGCAAGCACUGGUGGAGUUUGUAUGCGCUUUCUACCGAUAAACAUAUGGUAACUUAAACUCCCAUGUGCUUCUAAGAGCACACUGCUUAAAGUUACGCUUGAAGCCUUUUCACUCCUUUUUCCAGUGAGCAAAACUAGUUUGAUUCCGUCAAUGUACAGUCGGUUACUGGUACAUUUGCAGUCUAUUGUUUGCCAGUGGAACAAUCUUUACUUGUUUCAAAAAAAUAGAUGCUUGCUCAAUUACAGAAAAUGUAUGCAUGCAUGCAUGCUUGUUUCCCGAUGGAUCAUUCUUACAGAUUAGCAUAGCAUGGUAAUUUUUUAAUAA